GCCCCAGGUUCACAGAGAGAGUCGGGGGAAUAACUGUAUUUAACUGUAUCUCAACACAUAACUGUAAGAGGACUCGCCACACUCAAUUGCAUAAUACCCAACAGUCAUUUGUGAUUGCACCUUUGUAUAAUUACAUUUUUAAAAAAGUUUUCAUCCCGAGUUCCUCGGCACCACAUUGCCUGCUAGUUUCCUGAGACUUUGGCAGGCCCAAGCGGAUGGCUGCAACUCAAGCUGUACUGCCCUCGUUCAGCUCAUUCUCAAACUCCUCCAGCCCCAGCCAGGACAUGAAGGUGUGGAGGUUUGAGGAUGGCUCACUGGGCUCCAUGGGCUUUGAUGCUCAGGACAGGAGGUCACUCCUCGAGUUCCACAGCGCUGAGCCGCAGGACCUGCCGCCGGCCCUCAGGGAGGCCCAGCUGGACGACGAGCACAGUGCAGCCUGGGACAUGGAGUUUUUACUGUCCAGCUGGGGCAGCACGUCGCCCGAUCAGGGCACCAGUCAGGACUGCAACUCCCAGAGGCCCCCUGCAGCAGCAGCAGCAGCAGCUCAGGACCCGGCUCAGGGCCGGCUGUUCCAGGGGGGCCUCCAGGAGCGCGCGGUGCUGAAGGAGCAUGUGGGGCUGGACCGGCACUACGCCGGCACCGGCAGCCUGAUGGCCGAGCUGCUGUCCCCCGAGGAGACGGUCAGCUGCUCCAUACCGGAGCUCUACAACGGGGGCUACCUGGGAGAGCCGCACGGGAAGCCGUACAUGCUCCACUCCGACAGCACACACCCGUACGGCGUGCCCCUCGGACACAACCCCGAGGGCCCAAAUGACCACACUGCCGCCGGACUCGGCAAGGUCAAGUCCUGGGAUUACGGCUACUUCCCUCAGCUUCCGUCUAUAAUGGCGUUCCCAGAUUCCAGGUUCCCCCCGGUGGCGUCUGUGGAUGCGGAUGCCUCCGUGGCUCACUCCCAACGCUCUGCCUACAACAUCCACCCAAACUACCACCACCACCCAAAGCUGUACCCCCACCAGCUGGGCCCUGCUGCUUUUGUCCACAGGCAGGCAGCAGGGGUCUACACCUCCACCACCAGCUUGCUCCCCGACUCCACAGUGCCCUCUACGGGCCUGGAGGGGAAACGCGGGCGCAAAGGGGUGGCCAGGAAGAGGGCCGCCGUGCACAGCUGUGAAUACCCCGGCUGCAGCAAGACCUACACCAAGAGCUCCCACCUCAAAGCACACCUGCGCACUCACACAGGUGAGAAACCGUACCUGUGCUCGUGGGAGGGCUGCGGGUGGAAAUUUGCACGUUCGGAUGAGUUGACGCGCCACUUCCGCAAGCACACGGGCCAGAAGCCCUACGAGUGCAUGCUGUGCCAGAGAGCCUUCUCCCGCUCAGACCACCUGGCCCUGCACAUGAAGAGACACGUAUGAGCUCCAACAGCAUGGGGCACACACACACACACACACACACACACACACACACACACACACACACACACACACACAAAAACACACACACACACACACACACAAACACAUCACACACCACUCAUGCACACAUUACACAUUAAGUGAGUGUAAUACUAUGAAAACACAUGCACACACUCCCACACCCACACACACGCACACACCCAGCCAAAGGUCAAUUCACAUCCUACAUGAUACAUGACUUAUCAAUGUAGCAAACAACUAAUUAAUGUACAGUAGACGGACUAUGAUAUCGUUAUAUUUCAGCUACGGCUUUUCUAUAGUGCAGUGCAAACGGUAGGCAGGAGUGCUCAGGUCAGCCACACUGAGGACCUGAGGAGAGUCUGACCUGAGAAGGCACAUGCUGAGAGACAGUUGGUUCAGCUCAUUUACAGGGCCGGGUCAGGGCAACGUGAAGCUUCAGUCUGAACGAUCUCACCCCCUAGCUAGCAGCUUAGCGUAGCCUAUCUAAAGGUAGCUUUGAACACUACAUGAAGCCCCUCACCUGAAAUGCUAAAUGGCCACACACGGAACAAGAAUCAUGGCAGCUGUAGGUUCAGCCCUGGCUUUUUUUUUUUUUUUUUUGCAAAAAUAACAAAUAUGUACAGUAUAAGGUGUCUUUUUAAAAUCUCUAUUCCUCUUUCAUAUAUUUAAUCUAGAUGAAAUUUACUUUAAUACAUUUACAUACCUUCAGCUGAGAGUAAAUAACACUUUAAAAAUGUUCAUGCAAACAUAGGAAAGACAGUUGGUGGCACACAUGGAUUAGCAUGCUAACUAUGCAGUUGAACUGGAUGUUGGUGUUUGUACAACUAGACAGACAGCCGUGCCUUCCAUACCUUCCACUACACCAAUCAUUUCCUAGCAUUAUCUAUUCCAUAUUUAUUCAUAAUUUUUUCACAAGGUCUAUUAUGUGAAAUAUUUACUUAUUACUAAGAGUUGUCAGUUGAAACUGUCUCUAUUUAUUAAUUGUUAUCCUUAGAAUAUGCUACAGUAAGUGUUUGUUAUGGCUUUGUAUGUAUUUUAUAAAGUAUUCUUUUUAUGUUUUCUAUACUUUUGCAAAUAAAUAAAGGACUGAGGAUACAA